AGCAACUUGAAGGUUGUACAAUGAGAGCUCUGUGUUGCGUUUUGCUACUCGUUUGGUUCUCGAGCCAAAGCGAAGCUAAAGUGUCCUGCAAGGACGAAUCUGGAAACGAUGUAGAUUGGUGGCACCUCUACAAGCUGCCCAAGCAUUACCAACUUAACAAUUUGGGCAAGGACAGCAGUGGCCUGAAGUACCUGUACGUGACCAGCCAGAGCUACGACACCUGGCAGAUGUCGGGGAAGUUCAUCAGUGAUCCUCAAUCCCUGCCAGCCCAAACCCUCAACCCACUGAAUGCUGAUCCCAACCACACUUUGCUGGCCGCCUACAACGAUCAGCUGCCCAAUGGAACCGUCUUCAGCAGCGGAGGACAUGCCAAAGGAGUGGUGGCCAGCGAUGGAGUAACGGCGAUUUGGCUCGUUCACUCGGUGCCCAAAUACCCCACGGUUCCCGACUACACGUAUCCCACUUCCGGCGAGCAGUUUGCCCAGAGUAUGCUCUGUGUUACUCUGAAGGCCGAGGAUCUGGAGAAGGUGGGCCAGAUAUUGGUCUUCAACGAACCGCACUUUUACUACGAAAGGAAUCCGCUGGUUGGUCGGUCGGAUGAACUCUUCCCCAGUUUGGAAAGGGCUCUGCAUGGUCAAUGGCGUACGGAAUCGCCUUUCCAGAAGGAUGUGGAGAUUCGCAGCUUGGAUGGCAAGAAGUUCCAUCUGUUCGGAAAGAGUGGGCGUGCCAAUGUGGAGCUCUAUGCCGACGUGGUUGCUCCUACUUUGGAUGUCAGUCUGUUUGUGGAGGCUUGGCGUGAUGGCUCCGGCAAUCUGCCGAACAGCUGCGAAAAAUCCGAUAAGGUUCUCAACGUGGAGGGAAUUUCCAGCCCGGAACUCUCGGUGGACUUUAGGACCACACAGGAUCACUCGAAGUGGGCGGUUUCCCGCCCGACGGGCGUUUUAAUCUAUCAUUGGCGCGUCGGCGGUGGCGAUUGGAUUUGUGUGGGUGACAUCAACAGGCAGCAGGGGCAGUUGCAACGAGGCGGAGGAACUGUGUGCCACAAGAGCUCGAGGGUCUCCAAUUUGUAUCGCCAGCUGGUCGCCAAUUACGACAAGUGUGCCGAUGAGUAAAAACUCCUUAUUUCACCCAAUGUUUAUUAAAACACCAUACACAUAAAUAAAGGGAAUACCUACGUUCAGCAAUAAA